AUGCAACCUUCCAUCCUCCAUAUAAAAGAUCAGUUAUGGAAAUGCAGUACAGAGCCAAAGAUCAAAACAUUUAUGUGGAAAGCUGUUUCGGGGGGCAUUCCGAUAGCUGAUAAAAUGAUUGACAGAGGUUUGAAAAUCGAUUCAAGAUGUCAAAGUUGUGGGAUGGAAGGAGAAUCAGCAAACCAUGUCCUUUUCACAUGCUCGGUUGCUAGACAAGUUUGGGCACUAUAUGGCUAUCCGAAUCCGCUUAAUGAAUUUGAUUCUGAAUCUUUGUAUCAGAAUUUGAAUUACUUGAUCCUUGUGAGCAAAGAUAGCAAAGUGCAGGUUGAGAUAAGGAAAGCCUUCCCUUGGAUCUUAUGGCAAUUAUGGAAAAACAGAAACUUGUUUAGUAUUGAAGGCAAAAGAUUUAGAGCGCCUGUGACAAUCACAAAAAUCAGAGAAAAUGUCCAGGAAUGGUUUCAUGCUCAAUCUUUGAAGGAACGUGAGACAGAAGCUGCGAGCCAUAACCUUACUCAGGUUAAAAAUGGAGCAGCAUGGGUUUUGAGGAAUGAAACUGGUGAAGUUUUAUUGCAUAGCAGAAAGUCUUUUGCUAUGAUUCAUUCUAAAAUGGAUGCUUGCCUUCAAAGCUGGCUUUGGUCUAUAGAGAGUAUGAUUAGCCACAACCUUGGGAAGAUCAUAUUCGCUUCAGAAGACUUAGAGUUAGUUGGAGCUCUUCAGCGGCCAAAAGCUUGGCCUUUCUUUUUGUUCUAUUCCAGGUCCUUGGAAGCUGCCUUGGGUAAUGUUCUGGAAUGUAAAGUUUUUUUGGAAGACAGGAACUCAAAUCUUGGCGCUCAUCUUAUAGCAAAGAGUGUAACAAGAGAGGAUCGCCGUCAAUCUUAUGUAGCAACUGGCUUUCCGUGUUGGCUUCAAAAGAUUUUUGUAGAUGAUAUAGCUAGAAUCGUAGGUUAG